GACUGGCCGCCAACCGCGCUGACACUCGAGUCGGGCGUUACGCCACUGCUCUUCCCGAGCCUUGCUUGCACUUGUUGUUCCCGUCAUUCGCGACAGCGUUCAUAUUGUAUGGAACAUGCACUCGCUAAAGGUGAUUAGUCUCUAUUGAACAUAGACGCUGCGGUCUGCUGAGUUCGCCCGCGAUCAAAUAAGUCUUUCAAUCAGACGAAGUGGAAGCACUGCAUCUGCAACAUCCCGAUUUCAUGUGCCGGACAUCAGCUGUGGCUCAACCUAUUACUCACUGGUCUUGCAAAAAAGCGAUUACUGUACCAUCCGCAACAUGGGCCCCUCUCAGCUGCGGGUCACCCCCGUUACCAACAGUUCCUUCCCUACGAACGAGUGUCCUACUUGGAAUGCCGAUCUCUCAACACUGCAGUCCGAGAAGGAAAUCCUGGAGGAUGGACUCGCCAAUCGUGUUACCUAUUUGCAGGUUCUACGUAAGAAGCAAGCUCGAACAGAACGCCGGCUGGUCACGGAUCCCUCACUACCACGGAAGAAGAGGAAGAGGUUUCAACAGGUCAAACGUAAAUUGGAGAAUGAGAUAAAGCACCGAGAGCAGGAUGAGCAAGCUUUUCUCAACAACCUCCAGGCUUGCAAAGCAAACAUUUACAUCGCCGAGACCGUCUCUCUGCCAUCUACAGCCACAUCCUCAACGUUAUCAGACUUUGCCUCAAUCUCGACAGGAUGCUCGUAUCCAAGAGCCUUGGAAUCGGCGCCUACAGAAACGAGUUGGAACGGUUGGAUGAAUGAGUCGGCUCUCUCUCAAUCCCAGAGAGAAAGUACCAACCCUUUUUUCACCUUAGAUGUCGCACCAGGCGAGCACCUGGAAGCCAUAAGUAUCGACGGAAUGAUGUCGAAUGACUACAAGCAGCCACGCGAUGCGCAGCAUACCCGAAAGAUCGACCCUAUACAAUGUGCAUCGUCCAACACGCCGAUGCAUUUCCUGCUGAGCCCCGAGGCUCCGAUAUUCCACCCUCAGUCCACGUAUACGAACCAGGAAGGGAGUCUAGCUAUACGACUAGCCGAAGUCAAUCUUCCUUCGACGAUGGCAGCCACAACGUCAAGUCUGGUGGUGUUGGAGCUUCUGCACAGAUGCCUUGUCAGUCAUGCAAGCAUGGGCCAAGCACGAUGGCAAAGUUCACUUGGGGAUAUAGAUGAUGGCUUGUGUGGCCUGUAUUUAGCCAAGUCCAGCACGGGCGCAACUGCCCCGGGUGGCAAGCUCGAGUACAGAAGAAGCUCUCUAUAAUGAGACCACGCUGGCAUGUCAGGCAGGUUCCAUAACACCCCACGGUACAUAAUAUUAUUGGCAGGGUCCCACACUCAUUGGUGCGGUCAGCGGUGUAUAUAAUUGGAUCCACACAUUUCCAUCACGCUCGAUCGCUUCCGAUGGCGCCUUUCUUCAACUCGGCAGCAGGCACAAUUGGCGAAUGCGGAUCCAUCGGAGCAAAAGCUGUUCAGAGAAUAUGCAAGACAGGACAUUUGAGCGGGAGAGAACGAGGUAGCUACAGCCUGUUGAUGUUUACCAUGUGAAAUACAAGAAUUGGUUGC